GAUCGACAUCUCCAAUCGAGAUUGCGGUUUACUUUUACGUGGCAAACUUAUCUAUUUUCGUGUUACAUUUGCGUUCACAGACAAUUCCCUUUGAACUUUUUGAAAUGAAAUAUAGUUUUAAAUAAGUAGAAAAUUGUGUUGUGUUUUUGAAAGACACUAGAACAAAAUAAAAUGAAACAAACUGUUCAUCCGGUGGAAAUUGAAAACACGUUUACCAUUUCUUUCUUAGAUUUCAAAGGGGGAACAACAAAAGCGAACGAGCAAGAGAAAAAGAGAGAAAGAGAGGAAGAAAGAAGGAGAAAAGGGAAAAGAGCUGGAAGGAAAGAAAAACGAGACGUAAAAAGGAACAGUGACUGUUUAGUUUCGCAGAAAUCGUCGGAGGAACCGGGGUCCUUUUUCUCCGGUACCUCGGUAACCGAGUAA